UUUGUUGUAAAAUUAACUGGUGUAUUUUGAUAAAAUUUUGAAAUUUUAUAUUAAUUGGAGGUCCCUUUUGGGACUUCCUAAAGACUCUUUAAAAUUUCGCAGCUAUGGAAAAACCAGUUCGUUAUAAAGCAAAAAAUAAAAAACAGGCUCCAAAACCUAAAACACCUAAGAAACGUAAAAGCGAUGGACCCACUUGCUCCAUGUUUUUAUCAGAAUUGUCACGAAAAUUAGCGCACAAGAAGAAAGAAGAAGAGGAAACAAAGGGUAUCGUUCAAACUAUAAUAGAAAGCAUCACAAAUGCCCUACCAAUCAAAUUUUCAAGGAGACCGUCAAUCGAAAAGAAAGAGUCACCUGUUAAAAUCGAAGUAUUACAAACAUUUGCACCAGAAUUAUUACCAAAUACGUUACUAGAUAUUCCCGCACCAGAAAUAUCUAAAUGUGAAGAAAAUGAACAAGAAGACGUAGAGGUUUCUGUAAAAGGUGCUUUCAAAAUGCCGAAAAUGCCAUUAGUUAGUAGUGAUGUUAUAAAACAAGCUAUUGAGAGAAGAAGAAGGAAUAUACAAAUGGAAGAUGUAGCUGUAAAUACCGGUACUGAUCAUGAUGUGGCUGCAGAAUUGACAAAACACGUGGGAACCCUAAGGAAAAUUUCUCUCAUAGCUGAAGAAUUUAAUCAGAAAACAGCAAAAAACCUUAAAGAAAUUGUAGACAGUGUACAAGAAGACCUGUUGAAGAAAUUAGAAGAAAUAAAUGCAGAAAGACAAGCAAUGAUGGCACAAGCAUCGGCAGCUGCAGUAGAAGUUGCUAAAGAAUAAAACCUCUAUCAAAUAACAACCAAAAGCUAGACAGUGACAGGAAGCGGGCAGAAUACACUUGACAUUAGAAUUUUACAUACAUUUUGAUAU